UCUUUCUUCAACAAAAAAGCCGGAAAAUAAAUUUCUUCAAUGGGUUAUAACCUAUUAUUGAUUGAGGUAAAAAAGACCGGCUUAAACAUCGUACUGGUGUGCAUAAUUUUGUUUCUGCUACUUUUGCAACACUACCGAGAGCCUGUUGAAUCCAAGGAGGAAAUCCAGCCGCCCCUAGAAGGCAAGCAGGAGAAAAGAGGGCUGUUCGUGAACACGUCACAAUGCCAGAUAAUCUCCAUGGAUCCGCUUUCGCCCAUCGCGAUGUACCAUAUGACGCACAUGCCCAUUUACUGGUGCUACAUGAUAAGGCUGAUGGUGCCGAAAUCUAAAGGCGGUCGAAAUUACCUAUAUUUGGCCGCAAAUCGGAGAAAACUUUGGGAGAAGAUCGAAGUACGAAGGAUAAGCGAAAUCUCCUGCGCCUACAAACGCUUUGUGCGAAAGAACGACUUUGACAAUAAGUACUUGGAAUCGAACGUCUUUCGCUUCAGCAGGUGGCGUAAUUUCACCGAGGUAAAGUCGGGAAAUAUAACUCUGCGGGUCUGGUGCUGGUUGGACUAUGGCCGUCUAGUGUAUCAUGACGUCCUGAUGUUUCUUCCAAUGCCAGAAACGCCGAAAAGUAAGCCUGCAAAGUUGGAAACCGUCAAGGGCCUUUCCGUUUUGAUCCUGGGCAUCGACUCCAUUUCCCAUAUGCACUACCAACGUUACUUUACUCGAGUAAUGGACUUCUUGGAUCGACUGCCGCACACCGAGCUGUGGGGCUACAAUCGCGUCGGGGAAAACUCAUAUCCGAAUCUGAUGCCCCUGCUGAGCGGUCAGAGUGUGGAUGAACUGGAGGCUUUGAGCGGAUGCUUUGGGGCAAAUCAAAUGGCAAACUACGACCGAUGCCACCUUCUGUGGCACGAAUUCAAGGCGGCUGGUUAUGCAACAAUAUUUGGCGAGGACUCACGCGUUGGUGGCACCUUUACCUAUGCAAAACCCGGUUUUAAGCGUAGGCCAACCGACUUUUAUCUGCGCAGUGUGAUGAACGAGAUCCACAAGAAUACCAAAUAUGUGGCGCGGGGACCAGAUGAGAUCACCUGCAGUGGCGAUCGAGUUUACCACCAUGUUCUGUACGACUUCAUCUAUAGAUUGCUGCCGCAUAUGCAGGCGAGAUGUUUCGAUAGUGGAUUUUUUGCCUUGUUUUGGCAGACGAUGGGCGUACAUGAUUAUUUUCAGUAUGGCGAACAGACGGACCUGCAGUACUAUCUGAUCCUGCGAGCGCUGGAAAGGCGCAAAAUCCUAGAAAGAACCUUGGUCCUGCUUUUGUCCGAUCAUGGCCUUCGUUUUGGUCCUUUUGUGAAAACCUUCCAGGGCAUGAGAGAGACCUCGCUGCCAACGAUGGUGGCUAUAUACCCGCGGUGGCUAGAACACCGAUUUCCGCUGGCUGUGGCAAAUCUUCGCACCAACGCUAAACGCCUGGUGACCACAUACGAUAUCCAUGAGACCCUCAAGGAUGUGGUGAACCUGGAAAACAUCGGCGACGAGCGGAUUCGCAACCGUACUUUGCGAUUGCGAAACAAUCACAAUGUCUCUCUAUUUCUGCCCAUUCCCGAAGAGCGAAGCUGCUUCUCCGCCCGCAUACCGCUGCAUUUCUGCGAAUGCGAUGGAUUCAUUAAGAUACCGUGGAAUAUCCGCAGCAUUCAUCGGAUUGCUCAGUUUGCCGUGGCGAGUAUCAAUAAGCUGCUGCUACCCUAUAAGCAGUGUCAGCAACUGGAGCUGCUUAAAGUGGAGGAUGCCUACCUGCGAAAACAGCAAGAAGUCAUUCUCGAAACGAUCACCGUGCGUCUGGUGACCGAGCCGGGAAACGGUCACUUCGAUGCCACCGUUCUUUCCAAGAACGACAGCUCACUGCAAGGAGCUAUAACGCGGACGGACCGAUACAGGGAACAAUCCUUUUGCGCCCGAGAAGAGCCCAUCGAGAUCUACUGCUACUGUCCCUAAACUCCCCUUUAUUAUUAACUUCUAUUCGCAAAAAUAUCAGUUAUCAAAACAUAAAAAAGAAAAUACAUAAUUAAUUUUAAUAUUUUCCUUUUUUUGUAGUUAGGCCUCUAAUAUUAUUUGAUGAUUUUAAUUAAU